AUGCCUCCGUCAGCCGAUUUCAUUCCUCCUUCGUUUACAUGGAGUCUAUGGCAGAGCCUGAAAGGCACGUAUACGCCGAAGGUAACAGUGCCGGACGCCGAUCUACGCGGCAAAUGGGUCCUGAUAACGGGGUCGAACAAUGGAAUUGGACGUGAGGCUGCGAUCCGUUUUGCACGAUCAGGCGCCAACCUGGUGCUGGCUUGUCGACAACCGCCAUCACACGAAACCCACCCUGAACAAGUUGUCGAGGAGUGCAGGGCGGCAGGAGGAGGACACGCAGAGGAUCAGAUUGUCGAAUGGUGGGAAUGCGAUAUGGCGGACCUCUCCUCCGUCCAGACUCUGGCCCAAAGAUGGAACGAUACUGGCAGACCGCUGGAUAUUCUGGCCAAUAACGCCGGCAUUCCCUCGACGAACCGGCAUACUGCCACUUCAAAGGAUGGAUUCGAGCUUUGCCAUCAAGUCAACUUUCUUUCACAUACGCUGCUGACGCUGAGUGUACUGCCCUCUAUCGCGAAGGCGCCUAGCCCGCGUAUCGUAUGUACCACAUCUUGCUUGCACUACUUAGGGGUGUACAACCUGUCCAACGCCAACACCGGGGUCGAUGCCUACGCCAACAACAAGUUGUACUUCCAGAUUUGGCUUACUGAACUGCAAGUUCGUCUCCUUCAACAUCCCGACUACGCGCACAUUGUUGUCCAUGGCGUUCAUCCAGGAUAUGUGAACAGCGGUAUCUGGGCGCGGGCCCAAGGGCUCAGCCUGGCUGCUUUCAUGUCCGAUCCUAUUUUUUGGAUAUCGAAGAUUCUGGUGGCGUGGGUAGGCAUUGACCCCCACCAAGGGUCAUUGGCCAUAUACAAUGCUGCUACCAGUCAUGAGUGCGGCAUGCAAUCAGAUGGUGCGGACGAGUUCAGGGGCGGGGCCAAGUACUUCAAUCUCACGUCUGAGAAUGAACCAAGCCCUUACACAAGGGAUGCCGCUUCUCGAAAAGAUGUUUGGGAGUUCAUCGUGGGGGAGUUGGGAUUGGGUAAGAAGUUUCAUAUUACCCCAGAACUUGAAAGAAUGGUUCUGGAUUGA